GUUUACAUCCGCCUCAGAGGCAGAAGACGGAACAACGCUGCCGUUGGUCACACGUGGGUCGAGAAGUUUAUCAGAGUGAUGUGUUGUAGUCGGUUUAAUUAGAAAACAUGUCGAAGAGGGAUAAAAAUGCAGCUUUUGAAGAGGGACACGGAGAGGAGGAGAUGCAGGAUCCGCCGCCAGAGACCAGACGGACCCGCAGCGGCCGCAGGGUGCGCACUCCGGCCGCGCUGCUCGACUCUGAAGCCCCGGUGAGGACUCCCAGCCGGAGGACCAGGAGGUCUGUCAUCCAGGAGGUGCCGCCGGCGGAGGAGCCAGAGCCGACACCGGCCGAGGAGAAACCCAGCGUGUGUGCCGAACCGGAGCCGCACAGCUCGGCUGCAGCGGACGCAGACAGAGCCGCGGGCGUUAACGGGAACGGAGACGGUCAUCUGUCCGGGCCUGCAGCUGCAGAAACGGCACCCGCGAGUUCAGAGACCGGCCCUCAAACACAGAAGAAACCUCGCCUGGGUCCAAAACCUAAUCCAGUUAUUCCGCUGGGAAAACCUAAGUCAGGGAGAGUCUGGAAGGACCGCAACAAGCAGAGAUUCUCUGCGUUAGUAAGAGAUAAACCAUUGUGCUCUUCUUGGGAAAAGAAGAUGGAGGCCAAGCGAGAGAAGGAGCUGGUGAAACGGUAUUCUUUGCAGCUUAAAGAGGAGAAAGCCAGACAGAAAGAGGAAAAGAGGAAAAGAAGAGAAGACAACUUGAAACGACGCGCAGAGAACGAACGCAAGUCGGAGAUUGUGCAAGUGAUCCGUAAUACAACCAAGAUCAAGAGGAUGAAGAAGAAACAACUGAGGAAGAUCGAGAAGAGAGACACUCUGGCUCUGCUGCAGAAAUCUCAGAAGCAGAACAUAAAAGCCAAAGAGCAAAAAACCAACAAGGCCGACCACGGUUAAGAUUUCACCUGAAGACAGGAUGAGAUAAUAAAAUGUAUCUGCUCAGUCCUUCGCCUGCAUGUUGUAACUCUGGCAACAGGCGAGGCAUGAAAGACUAGUUUAUGAUGGAGGAUUUAUUUACACAAGAACCCAAUGAAAGCUUUCCUAAUAGAAAAGUGUUAACAGUAAAGUGAAUGUAACAUGCUGCACAGCGAGUGUGACGGUUAUGUUGACCCUGCUGUAUAUGACGAUUACUUACAUCAAUGAACAUGAGGAUUCAACUUUCUAUGUUGUCUUUUCUUGGAUUAUAAAUAUCAUAUUUAUGAUUUGCUGUAUUGACCUGAUACGUUUUCUUAAAGGUGCUUGUGUGCCUGUAAAAAGAUCACAUACAAGUGAAACUUUGUCUCACUUACAGGAUUUUCUAUUGAAUAAAAAUAUUUGCUGAAAAACAAA